GGGCUGGAUGUGGGCGCUGGGCUCCCUCUGGGCUCCUCCAUUCAGCGCCCGCCGCGGCGGAACUUAGCCGCUGGCUCCUGAUUGUUCUUUGCAGUGGAGGUGGUCUCUGCUUCCUUGUCUCCAGGUCCCGGGCUGCAGGGGCCAGAGCUUGCGCACCUCCUGCGGACCACGGCUGCCCAGAGCAGAAAGGACUCCUUUGACACAUCUUGGUCUACAGCAAGGCUUCAGGCCGCUGAACUGAGUUCCCUGUGGCUUUCUGUGGAGAGAGAGUGGAGGGCAGCUCCUCACUCACAGCCUGCACAAUGCCGGCCCUGUCCACGGGAUCUGCUGGUGAUACAGGUCUGUAUGAGCUGUUGGCUGCUCUGCCAGCCCAGCUGCAACCACAUGUGGAUAGCCAGGAAGACCUGACCUUCCUCUGGGAUAUGUUUGGUGAAAAAAGCCUGCAUUCACUAGUAAAGAUUCAUGAAAAACUCCACUACUAUGAGAAGCAGAGUCCGCUGCCCAUUCUCCGUGGCGCUGCAGCCUUGGCUGAUGACCUGGCUGAAGAGCUUCAGAACAAGCCAUUAAGCAGUGAGAUCAGAGAGCUGUUGAAACUACUGUCAAAACCCAACGUGAAGGCUUUGCUUUCUGUACAUGAUACUGUGGCUCAAAAGAAUUAUGAUCCUGUACUGCCUCCUAUGCCUGAUGAUAUUGAUGAUGAAGAAGACUCUGUAAAAAUAAUCCGUCUGGUCAAGAAUAGAGAACCAUUGGGAGCAACCAUUAAAAAGGAUGAACACACUGGGGCAAUCAUUGUGGCUCGAAUCAUGAGAGGAGGAGCUGCAGAUAGAAGUGGUCUUAUUCACGUUGGGGAUGAACUUAGGGAAGUGAAUGGGAUACCUGUGGAGGAUAAGAAGCCUGAGGAAAUAAUACAGAUUUUGGCUCAGUCUCAGGGAGCAAUUACAUUUAAAAUUAUUCCCAGCAUCAAAGAGGAGACACCAUCUAAAGAAGGCAAGAUGUUUAUCAAAGCUCUUUUUGACUACGAUCCGAAGGAGGAUAAGGCAAUUCCAUGUAAGGAAGCUGGGCUUUCCUUCAAGAAGGGAGAUAUUCUUCAGAUUAUGAGCCAAGAUGAUGCAACGUGGUGGCAAGCAAAGCAUGAAGGUGAUGCCAACCCCAGAGCAGGCCUGAUUCCCUCAAAGCACUUCCAGGAAAGGAGAUUGGCGCUGAGACGAUCAGAAAUACUAGUUCAGCCCCUGAAAGUUUCCAACAGGAAAUCAUCUGGUUUUAGAAGAAGUUUCCGCCUUAGCAGAAAAGAUAAAAAAACAAACAAGUCCAUGUAUGAGUGUAAGAAGAGUGACCAAUAUGACACGGCAGAUGUGCCCACAUAUGAAGAGGUGACCCCCUACCGGCGACAGACCAAUGAGAAAUACAGACUGGUUGUCUUGGUUGGUCCUGUAGGAGUUGGGCUGAAUGAACUGAAGCGGAAGCUGCUGAUCAGUGACACACAGCACUAUGGAGUGACAGUGCCUCAUACCACCAGAGCAAAAAGAAGCCAGGAGAGCGAUGGUGUUGAGUAUAUUUUCAUUUCUAAGCAUUUAUUCGAGACCGAUGUACAAAAUAACAAGUUCAUUGAAUAUGGCGAAUACAAAAACAACUACUAUGGCACAAGUAUUGAUUCAGUUCGUUCUGUCCUAGCUAAAAACAAGGUUUGUUUGUUGGACGUUCAACCUCAUACAGUGAAGCAUUUAAGGACACUGGAAUUUAAGCCCUAUGUGAUAUUUAUAAAACCUCCAUCAAUAGAGCGUUUAAGAGAGACAAGAAAGAAUGCAAAAAUUAUUUCCAGCAGAGAUGACCAAGGGGCAGCCAAACCCUUUACAGAAGAAGACUUUCAAGAAAUGAUUAAAUCUGCACAGAUAAUGGAAAGUCAAUAUGGUCAUCUUUUUGACAAAAUUAUAAUAAAUGAUGAUCUCACUGUGGCAUUUAACGAGCUAAAAACAACUUUUGACAAAUUAGAGACUGAUACCCAUUGGGUACCAGUGAGCUGGUUACAUUCAUAACUAA